AUGGAGAGAGCUAACCACAUCAACAUUGCCAUGAUAGAGGACGGCGGCACCAACAGGAUUACCGGGUCACAAACUGGCACAGCUUUGGACUGGAACCAACAGCCGUGUGGUUCAGUUGUGAGCUUCCACAACAUCCAUUACAAAGUCAACAUGAUGAGCAGCUUCUUCUGCAAAAGGACAAUAAGUCCCAAGGAGAUACUGAUGGACCUAAGUGGGGUUAUGAGACCUGGAUUGAAUGCUAUUCUUGGGCCGACUGGAAGUGGAAAAUCUUCGUUCUUGGAUAUCCUGGCUGCAAGAAAGGAUCCUUUAGGUCUCUCAGGGGAAGUACUUAUAGACGGAGCACCGCAGCCUUCAAACUUCAAGUGCCUCUCUGGCUACGUGGUCCAGGAAGAUGUGGUUAUGGGCACCCUGACUGUGAGGGAGAACCUACGUUUUUCUGCAGCACUCCGGCUCCCCAGCUCUGUGCUACAGAGUGAGAAGGAAGCUCGAGUCAAUCACCUCAUUACAGAACUGGGUCUCACCCAAGUGGCUGACUCCAAGGUGGGCACACAAAUUUCCCGGGGAAUCUCAGGAGGAGAGAGGAAAAGAACGAGCAUUGGUAUGGAGCUGAUUAUUGAUCCUGCUGUUCUGUUUCUGGAUGAACCGACCACAGGGCUGGAUGCUAGCACUGCCAACUCUGUCCUGCUGCUGCUGAAAAGAAUGGCCAAUAAUGGAAGAACCAUAAUCCUAUCUAUCCACCAACCUCGUUACUCGAUCUACAGACUGUUUGACACUCUGACCCUGUUGGUUAAUGGUAAAAUGGUGUACCAUGGACCGGCGCCAAAUGCUUUGGACUACUUUGCUAAUAUUGGCUAUCCCUGUGAGCCCCACAACAACCCAGCUGACUUCUUUCUGGAUGUCAUAAAUGGAGAUUUUACUGCUACAACCAAAGUGCAUGGCACUAAAGUGUUGGCCGUUGAGGAGCUCGGUACUACCAGACAGAGCAUCGAGGAACAUCUUGUAGAGGAGUACAGGAACAGCAGUUACUCCAGUGACACACAAGCUGAACUAAAACGCAUCGUCCAGAAUAAAGAAUGUACAUCUCGUACAAAAUCUCGCACCAUCACCUACAACAGCUCCUUCUAUCAUCAACUACGAUGGGUUUUUCAGAGAACCUUUCAGAACCUCAUGUUGAACCCUCAAACAUCUGUAGCACAGCUGGGAGUCAACAUUUUCCUCGCACUCAUCGUAGGAGCCAUUUUCUUCAGGGUCAAAGAUGACCAGAGUGGGAUCCAGAACAGGAUGGGUGCCCUCUUCUUCAUCACAACCAACCAGUGUUUUAGCACUGUGUCUGCAGCUGAGGUCUUCAUCAUAGAGAGGAAACUGUUUGUGCACGAGUACAUCAGUGGCUACUACAGAGUAUCUGUGUACUUCUUCUCUAAGAUCUUGUCUGACAUCACUAUGCGCACCAUCACAUCUGUUAUUUUCAGCUUUAUCGUCUAUUUUUUGAUCGGGCUAAAGUCCACAGUCGAGGCUUUUCUUGUCUUCACGCUGACAGUGACUCUGGUGGCAUACACAGCCACUGCCAUGACAAUGGCCAUCUCGGCUGACCAGAGCGUUGUGGCUCUCGCCAACAUCUUCAUGACCAUCACCUUUGUCUUCAUGAUGAUUUUUUCAGGUCUCCUUGUGAACCUACCCAGCAUUGUAGACUGGUUGGCUUGGCUGAAGUACUUCAGCAUCCCUCGUUACGGUCUCGCAGCCUUGAAGAUCAAUGAAUUUGUUGGUUUGAGAUUCUGUGAGGAGCCUGUCAUCCUAGAUGUCAAUGUGUCGGCAGUAAAGACCAACUGCACUGUGAACACAGCUGGCCAGACAUGUACAGGAGAGCAGCACCUGGACUACCUGGGAAUAGAGUACAGUCCCUGGGGAUUGUGGGAGAAUCAUGUAGCUUUGGUUGCCAUGAUGAUCACAUUCCUCAUCAUUGCCUAUCUGAAGCUCCGCUACAUCAAGAAGUUCACCUAAUGUGUGACUGAAUUCUUUUUUGUUUUUGAUAAUCACCAAAAAUGUCUCUGUUAAUGUGUAACUGUAGCAUAGCAGCAAAGACUAAAAGUAGAUCCACUAUUUUUAAACUAGCUAACUGAAAUGUGUCUUCUGAUACAGAUGCAGUGUGAAAUGUAAAAACUGAAAAAAGUGUUUUGGGGAGUCAUUAUGUUCAGUAGAUGAGAGAAAACAGUUCAUCUGC